UAGUAUAUUUGUAGGCCCAAAAAUCGAUAGUGUUAACAGCUUGCCACUUCGCCUCCAGUUGGAACAAGAUCAGGAUGGAGAGGCGAAGACCCCGAAAGUCCUCGCGCCAAUACGUACGCUCCAAAUCGAAUCCCUCUGUGGGAGGAGGAGCAGCAGAGGGCAGUGGCUCAUCAUCGCCAGCCACCGCCAAAGCGCUUCCCCUUCAGCCAGACGGUAAUAAAGCACCCACCAUCACAUCCCUUCUGGGCGGUCGUCUCAAAACCGUUUCCCGCAUCGCAAGAGCUCCGCACAGCCUACAAGUUACCGAAAACCCAGGUGAAGGUGGGGCGCCACUCGUGUCCCAAAGGGAAUCCGGUGCAUCGGAUUCGUCAGAUGUAAAUCCGGGAGUUAUGGUCAUUCCGGAGGCGGCCAGUCCCCGGGGAUCGGCGGUGCACGGAACACACGCUAGUUUAAUCUUCAGUGGCACGGCCAGAAACUCCGAUAGUCCGCGGAUAUCGGAGGAAGUGGAAGAGGUAUUCCAAACCUCCACAUCCAAUGCGCCUGCGGGGGGCAAUCUGCGCUUUGAUUCCACUCCCGUUGCUCUGGAUAACAGUGGGGCCGGCAAUAUAAACUUCGCCCCGAACUCCUACUACGAGGAGAUCAGGUACAGCACGCUAUCCAGCGAUGACAGUAACGACGCACGGGGACCGAGCAGUCAGAGUAUGGGAGCCUGUCGCCGUGGCUGGACGCAGCGGCAACGUCAAACUACCUCUGGACCACGCGGCAGGGACACCCUGGGAUUUGCCAUCAAUCUGGGCACCACUACUUUGGGCCAUAACCGAUGCAGCCUGGGCAUUGCGUGCGAUGAGGACUGUGGCUAUGGAACUGGCUGUGAUGCCGCAUGCGGCGAGGCCCAUGGCAUUGAUCCCGGCAGCUUUUUCCUUCCGGGAACCAUGGGCAAUGGUCCGUUGAUAUUGGCACCGGGUUCAGGAGGACCAGCUGCACAAAGCACCCUACGCGGAGCUCAGGGUGGAGGCUAUAAGCCAGUUGGCGCCGGCCAGCGAGGAUCCUUUGGAACUGAUUUCGGAAGCGAGCAGCUGAACUUCAUCAUUACCUUCCUGCUGGAGGUCCUCGGUGUGCUAGUUUUCUUUGCCAUCUGCACGAUUACAUUUUGGAUUACUCUGGGCUAUCAUGUGGUCCAAUUGCUGAUGGACCUGAAGAACGCCGACCGCAACGUUCAGGUGGCGGUGGCCAUUGUGUUCGGGCUGCUGCUUGUCGCCUUUGCCAUUUCGCAGGUGACCAACCUCAGUGGUUCCUGCUGUCACUCACGGGAUCGAGCCCGUUCCAGGACCAAAUGUGGUGGCAUUGGCUUCUUCCACAGAUCCAGCAAGUCCAAGACCAAGCCCAAGAGCUGUGCCUCCAAGACCAAGAGCUGUGCUCAUAAGCCGAAGAUUAAGAAGGCCGCUACUUGUGGACCCAGCCUGGGCUUCCACUCGCACCGCAAGACGCGGUACACGGAUUGCGAGGGACGAGCAAUUUUCCUGAGCUCCAGGCGGUAUGCUAUUCCCACUGAGAUGAAGCAGCCGCCCACCAUUGUGCUCUGGAUGCGCGACACACUGGCUCGCAUGAUGCAGUAACCGCCAAGGAUCACGGCCCCACGUUAGACGCCAAUAACAAUUAAACUGACUUGAGACUGACAGGCGAGAACACCUACGUUUUGCCUGGAAACACGAACCAUUCGACAAUUUGCAGCAAAUUUCAAUUUGAAUAAACUUAAAGAACAGACC